AAAAAGUGUGGUUGGUAGCAGUGAAACAAGAAUUUCCGGUUGUCAGUUUCUCUUUUAGCAGCGUGUCAUGGUGGAGUAGACAUAACCUAUCUCCACAAAUAUGCAGAUCUUUGUUAAAACUUUAACUGGCAAGACCAUAACUCUUGAGGUCGAGCCUUCCGAUACCAUCGAAAAUGUCAAGGCUAAGAUCCAAGACAAAGAGGGAAUCCCACCGGAUCAACAGCGUUUAAUUUUCGCGGGAAAACAACUCGAAGAUGGGCGCACUCUUUCUGAUUAUAAUAUUCAGAAAGAAUCAACGUUGCAUUUAGUCCUAAGAUUGCGUGGUGGGGCUAAGAAGCGUAAGAAGAAGAAUUAUUCAACUCCAAAAAAAAUUAAACAUAAGAAGAAGAAGGUUAAGUUACCUGUAUUGAGAUUUUACAAGGUGGAUGAUAAUGGAAAAAUCCAUAGAUUGAGAAGAGAAUGUCCAAACGAACAGUGUGGGGCUGGAUGCUUUAUGGCUGCCAUGGAGGAUCGCCAUUACUGUGGGAAGUGUGGAUAUACUCUUGUUUUUGCUAAACCGGAGGAUAAAUAAAAACGUUUUUCUUUAAGAUUAUGUAAAAUGUAUUUUUAAAAAUUUGACUUGUCGAGAAUAAACUUGACAGGCAGAACA